AUGGCCUUGAAGCCUGCUUCGAAGGAGGAUCGGAGGGUGAAGGUCCUGGUGGUAGGCGCAGGCGCUGCUGGAAUGUCAUGCGCCGCAACCCUGGCGAAAGAACCGGACAAGUUCGAAGUGACCUUGCUCGAAAGAGACCAUGUACCAGGCGGACAGGCAAAAUCCAUCGCCAUCGACAAGGAGAAAUUCGGAGCAGACUGGGUAAAUAUCGGAGCCCAGGGUGGGCCGGGAAUAUUCAAGCACACCUACCACUUCUUCCGUGAAUAUGGACACGAACCGCAAGAGACGACGCUACAGUUUGCAUUUGGCAAGGGAAAGGAGAACUUCUGGACAAACGCCUUUCCAACGACACUGGUGCAAGAACAUGCUGCUGAGAUACGGAAAUUCGGGGAACUGCUCAGGACGGUUCGCCAGUAUUCCUUGCUCUGGCAUCUUCCCCUGAAAACGUUCCUUCGUCUCUUUGGUUUCUCAAAGGAUUUCGGAAACAAGAUAGUCUAUCCGGCAACUUCAAUAUUCUUUGGCAUGGGGAAUCAGGGUCGCGAUGUGCCCUGUGGGCUCUUUCAAGGACUCUUUGAAGACCCAGACAUAAAGUUUUGCGCCUAUGACAUGAAAUCGCUUGUGCCGUUCGAUCAUAGCGUAUAUGCAUAUCCAAACAUGAGUCGUUUCUAUCUGGACUGGGCAGAAGGUCUCCGCACAAGGGGAGUGGACAUACGGUUCAAUACCCAGGUAAUGAAGGUUUGCCAGAGAAAUAAAAAGGGUAUCGUUGUGGAAACCCGUCAGAUCGAUGCGGACCAAAGAAUUGGAAAUGGCGGGGUCAGGGACAGGAUUUUGUCAGAACCUUACGACAAAAUCGUCUUUUGUAUCCCAGGGGACCAGGCAAAGGACCUCUUAGGAGAUUUGGCAUCGUGGCGAGAGAGAUUCGUUCUGGGGACAACUCAAUGGUACAAGGACCUGACGAUCACUCAUUCCGACCAUGCCUACUUUCAGAGAAAGUUUGAGGUCCAGUACAGAGAUGAGAUAUGUGGUGAAGCCCAGACCGCCGAGGAUAAAGACCAUAUCAAAACUGCCAAGGGAGAAGAUGGCGUCGUAUCGAGCUUUCAGCCGUCAUAUUGCACAUUUUCCUACCAUACCCGACCGGAAAAGAUGGAAGUAGGAUAUGACUGCACACGCUUCCAAUACCAAUUCCGAAAACCAGCAGGGAGUCCUAACCCUUUGCCACCAUUCGAGGACCACAUUUUUCAGAGUCACUUUAUAGACCAAGAGAUGAAGGACGUAUGGACAGUUGACCUUAUCGAUCAAGACAAAGUUAUUGAACAGAAGUGGUGGCACCAGCUGUCCCAUAGAUGGCAGCAUUUCGCAAGACUUGUGCCAGCCAUGAAGUUUCUGAAUGGAAGAAAUAACACCUUUUAUGCAGGUUCCUGGACCUACACGGGUCGCCUGCCCACCAAAGAUGCAUCGAAGAGAAACGCCAAACAGCGUAGCAUAAACAAGGUAUUAGAUGUCGCGGGAACGGAUAAACCAAGGACUUUAUGA